CCAGCGUCUCCGAUCAGUCUCCAAUUCAAUCCCUCCUUCCAUCCCGUCCCGCAGAUUCCUGUAUACCACAAUGGAUGUGGCCUCCCGGCACACAAUGAGGCUGCUUCGGUCCUCAAAUAACCGAAUUAUCCUCUCUAAUCCUCGCCUUCCCGGCUCUGCUAUCACGACCACAUCCCCUCUGAACCGCAUUCGACGGAGAAAUGCUUCCAGCACCCCUCGGAGGCUUGCGCCAGAAUCCUCGUUCCUGCCUCUGGGAUCCGGAUCGUCAUCAGGCGCACCCCCUACGUACUUUUCCAAUCGCACCUCCCUCCCUGUCAACACCGUCAUUCGCUUUGUUCCCCAACAGACAGCAUGGAUUGUCGAGCGAAUGGGCAAGUUCCACCGGAUUCUAGAACCCGGUCUCGCGAUCUUGAUCCCGUUCCUCGACCGGAUUGCCUAUGUCAAGAGUCUGAAGGAGUCGGCUAUUGAGAUACCCAGUCAAAAUGCCAUUACGGCUGACAACGUUACUUUGGAAUUGGAUGGUGUGCUGUACACGAGGGUCUUUGACGCCUACAAAGCCAGUUACGGAGUGGAGGACGCCGAAUAUGCCAUCUCUCAGCUUGCGCAGACGACCAUGCGUUCGGAAAUCGGCCAGCUUACCCUGGAUCACGUCUUGAAGGAGCGCGCCACGUUAAAUACCAACAUCACGCAGGCCAUCAACGAGGCCGCGCGUGAUUGGGGUGUCGUGUGUUUGCGGUACGAGAUUAGGGACAUUCAUGCCCCCGAGGGAGUUGUUGCGGCCAUGCACCGCCAGGUGACGGCAGAGCGGUCGAAGCGGGCGGAGAUUCUCGAAUCCGAAGGUCAGCGACAGAGUGCGAUCAACAUUGCCGAAGGUCGGAAGCAGUCCGUCAUCCUGGCUUCGGAGGCCAUGCGGACCGAACAGAUCAACCGCGCUUCUGGUGAGGCCGAGGCCAUCCUGCUGAAGGCACAGGCUACCGCGAGGGGUAUCGAUGCCGUAGCAAAGGCUAUUGAGGCUGGCCAGGAGAAUGCUCACGGUGCUGUCAGCCUCAGUGUCGCCGAGAAAUACGUGGACGCCUUCUCCAACCUUGCCAAGGAGGGCACUGCCGUGGUUGUUCCUGGUAACGUUGGGGAUAUGGGUGGUAUGAUUGCCAAUGCUAUGGCUGUUUACGGCAAAAUCAGUGAGGGCCAGGCCAAGGCUGUCGCAGCAAAGACCCUGGGAGUGCAGGAGCCCGCUCAAACGGAGACCUCUUCGACCAUCAAGUCUGAGGCCCCGGAGUCUGACCCGGUUGAGCUCGAGCAGGACCAGAAGACCCCCGAUCCCGUUCAGGACGUCCUCGAAGGGUUCGACCAGGUCAGCCAGCAGAAGCACCAAUGAACAAAGCGGCUUCCGUGUUCUUUUGGCUUUUCCUAGCCUUAUUGUUCUAUUACGAUUGACCAUUCUCCCUUCGCGGCUGCUUUUCUUAAUCACCAACUUACGAAUCUUCUGGAUGACUUGCUGUCCUACCCGUCUUGUAUCUCUAUUGUCCUAUGUCUCCGUCAGGUACUGAUGCAUGAUGCUUCGGGAGUCGCCUCGAAUGAGAGCUAUGGCUCCGGAUAUUGGAGCGUGCAUCAGCUACGGUAAUUGGUGAGAGGGAGUUGGUCUUGUCUGGAUCAUGUACAGUAGACAAAAGUGGAUUCAGGGGCA